AUGAGCAAAAAGUGGUUCAUGCGACGGGUACAUCUGUAAAAAAAAAUCUUGCAUUUUUUUUUGUUUAAAUUUACAAACAAAUAUCAUUUAUAAUUGAUUUCUGUUUAUUCAAGAAUAUACAACAAUAAUGGCUGCAAAAUAUCUUUUUUCAUCGUGUACGAAACAAUUACAACAACAACAAUUUCGUUAUUUUUCACAAACACAAUCAUUAAAUCGAAUUGAAAAUGUUAUGAUUAUUGGUUCAGGUCUAAUGGGAUCCGGUGUUGCACAAUCAUGUGCUACAAGUGGCCGUUUUAAUUCGAUCACAUUACAGGAUGUAUCACAAGAACAAUUGGAUAAGGCACGUAAACGUAUUCAUCAAAGUUUGGCCAAAUUAAAGGAACAAAAACGAAUCAAUAUUGAUGAUGCUGAAGCAGUUACGAAUCGUAUAACAUUCAAUACACAAAUUAAACCGGUUGAUGAUAAAAAUUUAUUGAUCAUCGAAGCAAUUCCAGAAUUGAUGGAAGCAAAACAAAAAUUAUUUAAAGAUUUAUGUGAACAAUUUAAAUCCAAUGAUUCGGUAAUUUUUGUCACAAAUACAUCAUCAUUACCUUGUUAUGAGAUUGGUAAACAUGUUACAUGCAAAGAACGUUAUGGUGGUCUACAUUUUUUCAAUCCAGUACCAUUAAUGAAAUUGGUGGAAAUUGUUCGAACGGAAAAUGGUACAAAUGAUAAAACAUUCGAAGAUCUACAACAAUUUGUCAAGGAUAUUGAAAAAGUUGGUGUUGCAUCUAAAGAUACACCUGGUUUUAUUGUCAAUCGUCUGUUGGUACCAUAUAUGCAAGAAGCAGUACGAAUGUUAGAACGUGGUGAUGCUACUGCAAGUGAUAUUGAUACGGCAAUGAAAUUAGGUGCUGGAUAUCCAAUGGGACCAUUCGAGCUAAUGGAUUUUGUUGGAUUAGAUACAAAUCAAUUUAUUGUUGAUGCAUGGCAAAAACGAAAUGAUCCAAAUCUGACCAUAUAUCGUUCGAAAACUAUUGAUGAAAUGGUUAAACGUGGUGAAUUGGGACGUAAAACCGGAAAAGGCUUCUAUGAUUAUUCACAGAAAAAAUAAGCUGUAAAAUUUUUUUUUUCUUUGCAUUAUCAAAAAAAUCUUUUAUCACAUAUUUUUAUUAUUAUAAUUGAAAAAAGUCUUAAUUGAUUGAUAAAUGAUAAAUGAUAUGAUGAUGAUUGAAGCGCCACUUUACGUCGAUAAUGUGAAGUGACACAUCCAUUUACCAUCGAUCGAUCAUCAUUCAAGAAAUAAACAAAAAAAAAAUUCAACAUACAUA